CAAUAGGAGCUGGGGAAUCGGCAGGAUCCCUGCCUGCCCCGAUAGGCGGCGUUCCCCUCCUAGCCAGGCGGGGGAAGAAGGCCACGGUUAUCGAUCCUGCUGCUGGUAGAGGGAGGAGGAAGCGACACCAGAGAAAAUGGCGGCCGUGGCUGCGACUGCGGCGGUGCCGGGUGAUGGGGGAACUGGCGAGGUCGAGCCCAUGCCAGGCAGCGAAGCCGGCGCAGACGCGCUACCCGCCGGCACGCAAGCUGCCGUGGAGUCGGCGGUGCUCGACGCUGCCAGGGAGGAUCCCGAGCCAGCGCCGGGCGGUGAGGCUCAGCAGCCGCCGCCGCCGCCGCCCAAGAGCCCAGCGGGGACCCGAGACCUGCCGCAGGCCCAGCCCAACCCGGGCCCCUUGGGAGAGCCUCUUCAGCCUCGCUCGCUGACGGCCACGCUCUCCGGCCCUUCUGAAGAGGAAAAGUCAGGCGACCAGCCCCCGCAGCCGGGCUCGCCGCUGGUACCUCCGCUGGUGCUUGCAGCUGGGGGCCCCGCGGGGCCGGAGCCCGGGGAGGAGCCGCCCCGGCCGGAGGAGGAGGAGCCGGAUGCUGCUGCUGUCGCCGCCGCAAGUACCACGGCAAGCCUUGCAAAGCAACCGGAGCUUUCGGUGGCUGCCGGUGCAGCGGGGGAGGAAGAAGAGGAGGCGCUGCUAUUGCCGGGCUCAGAGGUGCUGGUCACCCUGGACCACAUCAUCGAGGAUGCGCUCGUGGUAUCGUUCCGGUUCGGGGAGAAGCUCUUCUCCGGGGUCCUCAUGGAUCUCUCCAAAAGGUUUGGACCUCAUGGAAUUCCUGUGACUAUAUUUCCCAAACGGGAAUACAAGGAUAAACCUGAAACCAUGCAGCUCCAAAGUAAAUCAUUCCAAGAUGAGAUGCAAGUGAAAUGUGAAGCUAACGGUGUUGUCCCAGACUCUUCUCCCAUCCAGCCAUCAGAACAUAGUCUGGUUAAAAGCCUAUGGACUUCCAAACCGCCUCCCCUUUUCCAUGUGGGGGCACCAUAUCCCCCUCCUUUGUUUAUCAGGGACACGUAUAACCAAUCAAUACCUCAACCUCCACCUCGAAAAAUUAAGCGGCCCAAGCGAAAAUUGUACAGGGAGGAACCCACUUCUAUUAUGAAUGCUAUCAAAUUACGACCCAGACAUGUCUUAUGUGACAAAUGUAAGAACAGUAUUGUUGCAGAAAAGAAAGAAAUUAAGAAGGGCAGCAAUGCAAGUGACUCCUCAAGGUGUGAGGAUACUAGGAAACGAAGAAAUGAGAGCGUAACUACUGUGAAUAAAAAAAUUAAAACUGAUCAUAAAGUUGAUGGGAAAAGUCAGAAUGAAAGCCAGAAAAAGAAUUCUGUGGUCAAAGUUGCAAAUAUUGUCCACAGCAGAAGUAGAGUAGUCAAAGUUCCCACUCAAGCAAAUACAUCGAAAACCCAAUUAAAUACUAAAAAAGUUCUUCAGAGCAAAAACAUGGAUCAUGCAAAAGCUAGGGAAGUUUUGAAAAUAGCCAAAGAAAAGGCACAAAAGAAACAGAGUGCAACUUCAACUUCCAAAAAUGCGCAUUCAAAGGUCCACUUCACAAGGCGUCUUCAGAACACCAGCUCAGGUUCCCUGCCUCCCCGGUUGCGUCUGAAGCCACAAAGGUACCGAAAUGAAGAAAAUGACUCCUCUCUCAAGACAGGGCUGGAGAAAUUGCAGAGUGGCAAGAUGGCAGCUAAGUCCCAAUCUCGCUGCUCGUCUACCCGCUCAGCAGGUGAGGCCCCUUCAGAAAAUCAGAGCCCCUCAAAAGGUCCUGAAGAGGCCAACAGUGAGGUUCAGGACACCAAUGAAGUGCAUGUACCUGUUGAUCAGGAUGAACAGCAGACCAUGGGCAAGAGAGGCAGCAAAAGCAAUAUUACAGUUUACAUGACCCUUGAUAAAACGAAAUCUGACUCUUCCAGUGCAUCAGUCUGUAGUAGUGAUAGCACAGAUGACUUGAAGUCCUCCAAUUCUGAGUGUAGCACUACUGAAAGCUUUGAUUUUCCUCCAGGCAGCAUGCAUGCACCUUCUUCCUCUUCCUCCUCCUCUUUAAAGGAAGAGAAAAAGCUCAGUAAUUCUUUGAAAAUGAAAGUCUUUUCAAAAAAUGUCUCUAAAUGUGUCACACCAGAUAGCAGGACCAUAUGUGUAGGAGACAUUGUUUGGGCCAAGAUAUAUGGAUUCCCAUGGUGGCCAGCCCGUAUUCUUACUAUAACUGUGAGCCGAAAAGAUAAUGGCCUAUUAGUCCGACAGGAAGCUCGUAUUUCGUGGUUUGGGUCCCCAACAACAUCUUUUCUUGCUCUUUCACAGCUCUCCCCUUUUUUAGAAAACUUUCAGUCGCGAUUUAAUAAGAAGAGAAAAGGUCUUUACCGCAAGGCCAUUACAGAAGCAGCCAAUGCUGCUAAGCAGCUAACUCCUGAAGUUCGGGCCCUGCUGACACAGUUUGAAACAUGAACAAAGUAAGGUAGGCAAGAAAUGGGGAGGCACCACGAAAUGUCUAACCUAGUCAACUAUUUUGAAGGAGUUGGGCCAAUUAGAUUUUUAAAAAUGCACUCAGUUGGCUGCUUUUUAUACUGAAAUUUCCAUUUGUAGCAAUGUCUUGACUGAAAGUUAACCUUUAAAAAAUUGUACAUGCAAUCAGAUUAACCUAAAGCGAGAGCUCAGUAUUUUUCAAGAGAACGCUUUACGUUUCUUUGUAAAAGUUCAGAAGUUCCUUUGCUCACCCCAUGCACAGGAGCCAUAACCUCAGCUGAAGAGCAGUUUAUUUGCAGGGAAUUUUUACUAGUUUCUAUCCACUAUAUAUAAAUUUAUAUAUACCAUUUCAAUGUGGAGAGGGGAAGGGAGGGAAAUCAAUCUAAGUGAUGGGAUUUGCAGGCGUAACUGGACAGCCCACCUUAAAUGCAGAAUCCUAAGUUCUAUCUCACUUGUAAGCUUUAUUUCUGUGAUUUUACCCAGUGGAAGUGAGCCCAAAGAGUUCACCUAUGCCUAAAAAUGCUUUUGUUCCUGCUGGCCACUUUAAUUCCUUUAGAAACCAGUCUAAUUGGAAUUCUGGUAGACUUGAUUAUAAAUAAAUAAGUUUGUGGUCACUUUUUUUUCAAAUGCUCAAAAUUAUGCUAUGCACCCAUGGAUAAACAUAACACUCUUCAGGUUUUGGCAAGUUUAAGAGAAAGCUGGUUGCUCACAUUAGACUGGACAGUCCUUCCAUGUAUGGGAUCAAGGACUGUUAAUGCUGCGUUAAGUGUGAAUUACAUAAUUUCCUGUUGGGAAGGGAGGGUGCUCCUAGGACAGUUGUUCUAAGGGUUAGCUUGAGAAUUUUGUGUUGUGUAAAUAAUUAGUCAGAUUUUUUUUCCUGACUACUUGUUCUUAAAUCCUUAGGAUACGUCCUAGUAAAUUACACUUUGUGAAUUGUCAGAUGUGUAAUUGUUGCAUUUGGAUGUAUCAAACUGCAUUUUUUUUAAGUAUUUCCAUUUAAGGUAUCUGUUUGCAGGUCAGAAAAUAUGGAAAAUGUAAUUGUGUAAUGCUCUGAAAUGUACAAAAAUGUAAAUAAAAUUGACGAAAUCUAA